UCGACUUUCAUAUUAUAUUUGAUGUAAGCGGUUAUGCGUAACGUAAGCGGCCAACGUCACGUGAUACCCGACAAGUUUUUUUCCGCGAAAAUAUAAACAAAGUAAAAAAGAAUGGUAAAACGUUGUGUUUGGGGAACCUGCAACAGCGAUGACAGGUAUAAGCAUAAACCUCAUAUGUCAGGAGUGGAAUUCUUUCCUAUACCUAAGCCUAAAACAAGAUUGGAAGAAACUUUACAGUGGGUAAAAGCUUGUGGCAGGAAAGAUUACGCCGUAUCCAAUGUAAACAAACAUGCCUAUGUGUGCAGCAAGCACUUUGUUGAUGGGAGACCUACCACCCAACAUCCAUACCCAGUCAUGGCUACCCCUUCAAAGCAAAUUGUGCACAAAUCCAGGAAACUUCCGUUUGACAGAGCCACUAUGCCUACCAAAGCCAGCAUAACAACGCCCACUACCAGUAAGAUUGUCGAUCAAGUAUGGAGGGAUGUUGGGGCGUAUGUAACUUUAAAUGGAACCAACACAUCAAAAGACCAACCUCUUCAGGCAACACCACAUUUCUGUGAAGAACUUAAAGUGGAUGCAGACCAUACUUACAAUGCUGUAAAGAGGGGAUUUAUUGUACAAACUGCAAGUAUAUCUACACAAACAGACAUUGACAUGGAAGAAAUGGAUUCUCUGACAGAUAAUAUGAUGGACACUGGUAGCAUGAAGAGAAAGAAUCUCAUGAAUGACAUUAUGAAAGACAACAAAUCCUGCAAAUUCUAUACAGGUGUAUCACUGGCAGUAUUUUGUUUCAUCCUAAACUUCCUGAGGAAAAAGGCUUCAUCCAUGGUGUACUGGAACAGUGCAGAUACAUCCGAAAGGGAAAAUUCUGAGACACCUCGCAAAGGACCGAGAAGAAUAUUAGACAUAAAGGAGGAAUUAGCACUCACUUUGUUAAGACUUAGAAGAGGAUUCGAUACCAAAACUCUUGGGGACAUGUUUGCUAUAUCAGAAAGCUCUGUGUGUAGAAUAUUUACUACUUGGCUAAAUCUAAUGUAUCAUGAUUUGAAGUUUUUGGUCAGAUGGCCUUCAAGAGAACAAGUUCUUAAAAAAAUGCCAAAAUGUUUCAAACACUUUAAGAAAACAAAAUGUAUUAUUGAUUGCACAGAAUUUUUUGUACAAAAACCUAGUCUGCCAUCAGCCCAGCGAAUUACAUAUUCUAGUUACAAACAUCACAACACUUUUAAAUGUCUUGUUGGAAUCACACCCAGAGGUUCAUUUAGUUUUAUAUCUGACUUAUUUACUGGUAGCAUAUCUGAUCGUAAAAUUGUACAAGAUUCUGGCUUCCUACAGAAAGUUGAGUAUGGUGAUGAUAUAAUGGCAGAUAGAGGCUUCCUUAUUCGAGGUGACUUAGCACUGAAAGGGGCAACUUUAAAUAUUCCCCCUUUCUCAAUGGGAAAGCAGAUGUGUGCAAAUGCAACUACAAAGACACGCAGAAUUGCACGUGCAAGAAUUCAUGUGGAAAGGGCAAUAGGAAGACUGAAGAACUUUACACUUUUACAGAGAACUAUUCCACUGAGAAUGAAACAUACAUUUAAUCAAGUUGUAAAAGUGUGUGCUAUUUUGUGCAAUCUGGACAGUCAGUUGGUUAAAUAAUAUAUAACUUAUUGUUGA